CUAGAUCGAGCCCUUCUUCUAGCGGUGUGUGUUUGUGUGCGUGUGUCCGUUUGCAUUCUCUGUCUCUCUACCUAUCUCUGUGUCUGGGGGAGUUGCUCUGUGGCUCUGCCUCGCUCAAAGUGCGGUUGCGAUACUGCCAUAGCUAAAAUAAUAAUCAUUGUUUGCGCGCCUUGCUUGUCUUCAUCAUCAUAGCCAUCUCUAUAUACUUCUUCUAGUACUUAUGUGUAGGAUUCCUGGGCCGUUACAGUCGCGUGGAAUCAAGUAUAGACUUUCGUCUUCAAGUUUUGCAGCGUAAAAGUGACUACAGAACGUUUUCUUGUGGUAAAUUUUAAUAGGCUUUUUUUAGACGUACGUUACAUUCUUUGUGUGUUGUGUUUUUGGUAAAAGGCUUAAUUCUCGUCGAGGAUCUGUGUUAAACAUUCCAUCGGGGAAUAGAACGCUGUUGAAAUCGAGCUGCGAAGGGGAUGUGAGGAUGACCCGGAGUGGGGGUGCAGCGGCCGCCCCUCGACCGCUUAACACAGUGCAGUUUGAGCAUCCGUCUCACACUGGGGCCCUUCUCUAUGGGCUCAACACCCUGCGGUCCAAAGGCCUCCUUUUGGAUGUCACACUCAUCGCUGGCGGAGAAGCUUUCCAGGCUCAUCGUGUUGUGCUCGCAUCAUGCAGCGACUACUUCCGUGCUAUGUUCACGGACGAGAUGCGAGAGCGAUGUCAGUCUGAGAUCUGCUUAAACGGUAUGAGCGCAGCAGGGCUAAAGUGUCUGCUGGAAUAUGCGUACACCAGCAGACUCUCCCUCAAUCUAGCCAAUAUUCAGGAUGUUUUAGCAGCUGCAGCUCACGUGCAAGUCCUCACAGUUGUCGAGGCCUGUUCCAACUAUCUCCAGGCACAACUUGAUCUCGACAACUGUGUAGAUAUUGCAACCAUUGCUGAAACGUACUCACUUCACAGACUUAGGAAAAGAGUAUAUGCCUUCAUGAGUUCUCAUCUCUAUCAGUUCAGUAAAAUGGCUGAAUUUCAGAGGCUUACUAUAGCUCAGUUGUUGCACCUGUUGUCCUGUGACUAUCCUGUGGAUUGCAGUGAGGCUGAGGUUCUUCUCACUGUGGCAGGAUGGCUCCAACAUAAUCCUGCAGAAAGAGUGCGUCAUGCUCCGUCUCUGUUGAGGGCUUUGAAUCUGGAAGAGGUUCCUUCUUCUGUGUUGGAACGAACUGCCCGACUUUCGGUGCUCGAAGGAACCUUGAAUGCAGCUCUUCACCUAAGACCAGCAUCCAGUACACCUGCUCCACCCACUGGCCUAAUCAACUCAAGAGGAUUAGAGCUUGCAGUGGUGAAGGUUGGUGGUUUUAGUAUUGCUGGUAUUACAAAUGAAAUAACGUACUUUUUACCUUCAGUAGGUCGAUGGCGCCACCUGACAACCAUCCCCCAUGUUGAACAGUGCAACUAUGGAACAGCAGUUCUCAAUAAUGAACUUUAUGUGAUUGGGGGUUGCUUCAAUCAGUCCCUUCAAGAAAACAUCCAUCCCUUUGGAUUUCGAUAUAACCCACAGCAGAACAAGUGGAGCACUAUGGCUCCGAUGCAGCGUGAGAGAUGUAGGUUCUCUUUGAGUGUCCUAGAUGGUUUCCUCUAUGCCGUUGGCGGUGCCAGCGAGGCCAGUGAAGGUGUCGUUGAAGACGAAAGUCUGUGUGAAAUAUAUAACCCAAACUCAGAUACAUGGACACCAAUUGCUGGACUGCCAGGGGCUCGAGCUCAGCAUGCAGCUGCUGCUCUUAAUGGCUUGUUGUAUGUCAGUGGUGGGUUGGAGGGUGACCAAGUGCUCGAUUCCUGCCAGGCAUAUAACCCAAACACUGGGACGUGGGAACACCGCGCAGCACUUCUAACUCCUCGUGCAGAUCAUUACUGCAUUACUCAUUCUAAUUGUUUGUACAUAUGUGGGGGCUGGUAUGAAGAUGAUACAACCAACACAAGAGUUCUUGUCGAUACAAUUGACUGCUAUAAUCCCACUACUGACACUUGGAGUGUUGUAAGCAGAGUUCCCACACCCCGCUACCAUGCUGGCAUUGUUGUCAUUGGGUCCUGUUUAUACGUUAUUGGUGGUUUUCAUUCGGAUGCAACGUUUGAUAGGGCCACUGGAGUGAUUGAAUGUUAUGAUCUUGACACUGGUGUUUGGAGUGUUGAAAAUGCAUAUCCACAAGAUAUAUGGGAACAUGUAUGUGUUCCUUUGUAUAUUCCUCGAUGUCGCGAUGAUAUGGAUGUUUUGGCAAUUACAAAAUAAGCAUCAGUUAUAUUUAUUAAGGAGUACCAGUGGAAGGGGUACUGUUGUUAAAAGUAGUUUUGAAUUAGUUAUGCUUGUCCUGUUAAGUAGAAAUAGCUUUUUUGAUUAGAUAAUUGUUACAAAUUAAUUCGACAAAGCUACAGAGUCAAAUUUCUGAACUUUCAUAGGGCUUGCCCCAAAGGCUUUAUUUUUGAAUAAGAAGUUAAUCUGACAACUCUUCUUAGAUCUUUUGUUUAAUUGAUCCUCUGAAUGAGGAAAUAUACAAAGCAAAUUUGUAUUUCUGGAUUUCACAUGUACAUAUUAUUCCCAAAAAUGCUCUCAGUUCCAGCAAGCAGUACCACAUAAGGGGUGAUUGCUUUUGUCAAGUUAAACUUGAGACAUCAAGAAAGGCUGUGCUGUAAGGUACCCCCUGAGUGAGUUACUUUUCAGUAGAUUGUUAACAAUACUGUUGUUAUUGUGCCUUGUGCCGCGAACUGGAGGCACUAUUAAAUUGGACCCAUUUUUCCCUUCAUUACCCUGUGGCAACCCUAUAAGAGCAGAAAUUUGAUAGUGGUCAGGUUAAAGUACACUGUUAAAUACAUUGUCUUUUAAUAUUAUAACUAAUUAGCAUAAGAAUUAUCCUUAUGAAUGACGGGUGGAUACAACAUGUUGUUAGAAGCAAAAUUUAUAAUCUGUAUUGGGAGUGAAAAAACAUCAAAAUUACAUUUUGAAGAAUUGACUGACUUUAGAUAGCGGUAACUGAAUUGGGUAAAAAAAUAUUUGCAUAUUUUGAGGAUGUAUAGAUGGAUAGCUUAUACAUACUACUUCCUAGAAAGGCAUCCACUCUAAUGUUUCUAGAAAUUUUUAUAAAUUAGUUAUGUAAACUUAGUAUUUGCACUUUGGCCAAGCCACACAUUGUGAGUUUAGUACUCUGUCCAUCAUCAGUGAAUAUCCAGAGAUAUAGUCAAUAUAUAGAAGUAUGUUGAUGAUUUCUUGUUUAUAAAGGUUUUAGUGUUCAAGAGAUUAUGUAUUUUGUAUAGUGCUUCGGAGCAGAGAUAUAGAAAAUGGUCCUUACCUUUGGAUGAAUAGUGACCAUUGUGAACUAUUAUUGCCAUUGCAUGAGCAUGAAAAUGUUCUCUAGAGUAAGUAUUUUAUUCUCUGACUCAUUACGUAGUAAUGUCAGUUUCAAAACUUUUCUUUUGUUGAUUUCCUAGGAGUAAUGACUUGGGGAAAUAACUUUCUGUAAAUAGGAAGAACAAACUAUAUAUGAAAUGUAACAGAAGUUGCCUCUCCUUCUAUCCCACGUUGGGAGUUUGGAGCAACUCGUAUUUUGCUUUUGUGCAAACUGUCUUUCAUUGAGUGAUAUAUAUAUUGAUAGAUUGUAGAUUUCUGCACUGAAGUGGGCAUAAUGCUAUAUUUAUAAGGUUGUGAUCUAUUUAUAUUCAUUAGAAUAUAAGAUUUAUACACUCACCAUAUUGAAAGUUCAUUUCCCUUAUUGACACGGGAAUGAGAUGCCGAGUAAUCGUCUCAUCCUUGGUUUUAUGUUUGAUAUCUCUGUCAGUUUGUUGAAAAGGUCUGACCUUUUUCAUUCGUGGAAAGUCAAAAUUUACUUGAUUACCUCUUCUCCUGGGAGAGGUUGUUACGCUGACAUUCAUGCCGUUGGUACACGAGGGGUGUAAUUUACAUAAACAAGUUUUUUAGAAACUUUUGGUUGGGCCAACUGCAGUUCUGGAAAUUAGAUGUUUAUGGUGUGGUAAAUGAAUGUUUAUGGCAGGUGAAUUGAUGUCUGACUAGGGUUAUUGAAUUGAUUCCUCUCAUUUGCAUUUUUUUUUUUUUUUUUGAAGAAUGUCAUUAGCAUAAGGUAGUGGUUAAUGCAGUGUGGCAUUUUAUAGAAAUAUUGAAAAUUAAUAUUUGUUCUUCAGUAAAGUUUGAACUGUAGAUUUUUAGAAUGAUGAAUCCAUAGUAGGGUAUUUGAUUCUCCUUUGAAUACUUUAUUGCUGUAAAUAGUUUACGUAUGGUGAAUUUGAACAGAGGAUUGUAAUUAAGUAUAAAUAAAUCUGUAAGCUAAGCCAGUGAGAGUCCGAGUAUGAUAUAUGUACUACUAUCUCAUAGAAAUUUCUCUCCCCUUACCAUGUAUUUCAUGAAAAAUUCUCUCUCUCUCUCUGCCAGUGUGAGAUUUAUAUUUAUCUCUUAGUGACAUUCUUGCACAGAAUGCUUCCUCAAAGAAAUAAGUGGAUGUGGAUGAAUAUAUUAUAGAAAUUUUGUAUAUCUUUAAGAGUUCGAUUAAAAUAUGACAUUUUCAGUUUUACAUUAUAAUACUCAUUCUUUCUGCUGUGGUUUAUGGGGUCUUAAGCAUUUUGUCUUUGCAAUUUGCAUAGUCAGAUCCUCAGUGUAGGUGUGCUAAGCACUUUUGUGAUGACAGUGGCUUUCUUAUCAGUGUUUCUAUUUUGCAUAAAGUUCAGUGAAGUAUUCAUAGUCACUUACAGUAUUGUGAAAUAACUGAAGAGAGGUAUUGAAUGCCAUUAUUGGUACUUAAGGGUAUACGUGUGUAUGACUCCUCUUGUAUCUUCCCAGUUUUAUGCUUAUUGCAGCUGAACCAUUGAGGAUGUAUUAGAGAAGGUAUUAUUAAUUUAGAAUAUAUACAUCGUAUGAUAUUAAAUGUAGUAUUAUUGAGUUCUUUAAAUAUAUGUUCUAUUUUUAGUUUGAGUGUGCAUUUUGAAUGCAGUGUGGAAUCUGCAGAGAUGUAUUUUAUAUGAUAAAGUUGCCUUUUUUCUCAGAAAGUUUAUCAUUGUUGUACUGUGUAUUGUAGGUUACUGACAACUUAACGAAGAUGUGUAUAGUCUACAAAGUUUUAUUUGCAUUGCAUGACAAAACAGAACGAGACCAGCACUGAAUAGCUUAUUUCUGUGGUUCAGAAUCUACCAAUAGCACUGCUUAAAGUAGUUUAGUUAACACAGAUCCAUUUCUGUUUGCAGAUUUAUGAAGUAGCCUUCCUUCAGAUGAAAUUUCCACCCACGUACAGUUGUUUAUACUUUAUAACCAAUAUUAUAUCAAAGUAUUUCGAUGUUGAUUCUUCACAGUUUGUAGAAUCCAGUAGUAUUUUUUAAUAUUUAGAAGGUUGGAAUGUAUUUAAUUACAGGUAUUUUACUGUACAAACAAUUAAUUUAACUGGGAUUGAUCAGUGCUCUUUGAUGUAGGUUCUGUUACUUAGAAGAGUGUAAUAUCUCCUCUCAAGGAAGUCUGGUCUCAACACUUCAAAUAUUAAGAGUACAAUCACUUGAAUACUAAUUACCUAGGGAAAGAGAAUUAGAUGUGUACAAUUUAGAAGGACUAGCGUGUCUCUUUCUUACUCUCUCACAUCCGUGACAUUGAAAUUUUUUACUUUUAAUACUUUUUCUUCCUUCUUCAGCAAGUGCCUUUUCUUUUUUCUCAUGAUGGCAAAUUUGUACAUUUUUUGCUGGAGGGAAUAAAUUUUCUAAAUUUG